AUGGCUUCUUUACUAACGUCAUCUCCAUUUCUAGUCCAUAUCGAAGGAUUCAACUACAGAAGAACCAGGAACGAAGGGCUUUCCCCCCUUUCCACGCAUUCAAAAAGCAAUAAGAGAAGAGUGCUAAAAGUUAAUGCCUUCAAUAAGGAUGAAAAAAUUGUGACAAAAAAAGAGGAAAAAAAGAGCAAUGGAUCAAGAAGGGAAUUGGCUUUUGCCUUAAUGGCAAUAGUUGCAACAAGUUCAUUUACAAGUGUUGUUAUGGCUGAGGAACCAAAGGCAGGGACACUUGAGGCAAAGAAGAAGUAUGCACCUAUUUGUGUCACAAUGGCAACUGCUAGAAUAUGUCACAAGUGA